UUGCCCCACCGGCCGGCGCUGCGUACCUCUCUCAUCAGUGCUACCUAUAUAUAUUACUCCUAGGUCUCUCCCUCGAGACACGCACCCCCUUCCUUACUUAACACACAUCAACUGGUGUGUCUUGCCUUGUAGUGGUGGUCCUAGCUCCUCUCGAUCCAGUUCCUCUUUACACUACAAACUCCGUCUUGACACACCGUCCUUCUCACAUCCCUCUCCUCCGACUCCAAACAAGCGUCUGGCCGGCCAAGCAUGGACAAGCAGGAGCUCUUCGCCUCAUCCUACAUGGGCACUUCAUUCCUCGGAGCCAACGGCACGGCGGCGGUGCAAGGGGAGAGGCCAAGAGCGCGGCGCAGGAGGCGGAGGGCAGCAGCAGCAAGGUGCGAGGAUGUUGACGGAGGGUUGUUAUUGGACCCGAAGAAGCGUCGGCUGAGCGACGAGCAGGUGGAGAUGCUGGAGCUGAGCUUCCGGGAGGAGCGGAAGCUCGAGACCGGGCGCAAGGUGCACCUCGCCGCCGAGCUCGGGCUCGACCCCAAGCAGGUCGCCGUGUGGUUCCAGAACCGCCGCGCCCGGCACAAGAGCAAGCUCCUCGAGGAGGAGUUCGCCAAGCUCAAGCACGCCCACGACGCCGCCAUCCUCCACAAAUGCCACCUCGAGAACGAGGUGCUGAGGCUGAAGGAGAGGCUGGGGGUGAUCGAGGAGGAGGUCACGCGGCUCAGAUCAGCGGGGAGCUGCCACGCGACGUCCGGCGACGGCGCCGGCCACCACGGGAGCCCCAGCUCGUCCUUCUCCACGGGCACCUGCCACCACCAGCAGCAGCCGGGUUUCACCGGCGGCGCGGACGUGAUGCUGGGGAACGACGACCUGAUGAUGUACGUUCCUGACGCCGAGUACGGUGGCGCCUACGCCGAUACUAGCGUGGCCGAGUGGUUUAGCCUGUAUGGACUCAUGUAAGAUGGUCAUGGUCCUCAUGGACACCAACUGCAUGCAGAUCCUAGUUAGUGAUCGAUCAUAGUGUUAAUUAAGUCUGGAUAUUGAUCUCUAAGUGUGUGUGCGCGCGCGCGCGCAUGUUUAAUUAAUUAUGUACAUAGCGUUGAUUAAUGCAUGGCAAAACCUUGCCAAGCUAGCAGUUUGCAAGUACUAGUUGAUCUAUUGAAGUUCAGAGA